AAGCUGCAGAAUGCACAUCAAUAAAGACACAAGCAACAUUGGUUUAUCCUUCCGCUUAUAAAUAUUGAUUAGUUUUGUCGCCUUUCAAGCCAUGUUUCGUGUCUGCCAAGCCUUUUGCGCAGUGAAGAUUCGUGAUAUGAGGCUCCGUUGCAUCGAUUCUGUAAAUCAUCCAUAUCUCCGGCCCAAGAUUUUGCUGCUAAACGGAAUACGGGGCAACACGGGAUUCACAGCCUCCUUCAAUUUUUUUUCUCUCCUGAUACCCAAGUGGGUCAGGCCAAUGAUAGGAGGAUUCGUAUUUUCGUAUCUCUUCAUGGCUGGCAUUUUGGAAACCUUUUCAGCCCAUGACUACAGGUACCCAAGACGCCACAAGCUUCAAUAUUUUGUCAAUAUUUGGAUGCAGCAGGUGUCGUGCUGGACGGGUGCCAAUCUCUCUGGUCGAAUUCCCAGGAUCAGAUCCGUACAGGAUUUCAAUGCUUGCAGUGCCGAAUCUGGAACGAUGCCGCGAAGAAGGUGCUGCGAUCCGCGGGAAUUAUUCGCUGUGCCGAAUCUGGAAUGAUGCUGCGAAAAAGGUGCUACCAACAGCGGGAAAAUACUUGGCCUUCAUCCAUUUGCUGUAUGACGACGCACCUAGAUGCGGCUGAAAAGCGAAGACGCGCAAUGUACAUUAGGCCAUAGAGAUUCCCCGCGACUGUCUUGG